AUGUGGAUAAAACAUGUGAUUUGUGCGUACAGAAACGUUCUUUCUGUUUUUAAAGGAACAACAUGGAUUCAUAUGCAUGAUCAUAAUUCGCUGAAUUGGUUGAAAUUACGUUAUUACCCUCUUUGGACACAAGUGUCAUCAAUCAAAGCCAAUGUUGUGGAAGAUGCAGAUGCUCUGAUAUUACAAUGCGAAUCAAAGACAAACUGUAAACACUUUUUCCAUGUUCAAAUCAUCAGAAAGACGCGGAUGUAUUUUCCUAUGAAUAGCUUUCAAAGAACGGGCAGAGCCAAAAAAACUCAUGACCCUGCCCAAGAUCUUUCCGUUCUCUUGUGUGACAAGGUUUCUCAACUCUUAUGUGACAGCCUUGUUGAUGGUCAAAGUCAAAGCCAAAGCCAUGGUCAAAAAGUCAAGUUUGAUAAAUUAUCAAUGGUAGGAGGAAAGCCACAGCAGCAUCAAGAGGUAAGUCUCAGAGUCAAAGUCAAGGUCAAGGAUAACUGGAGCAGUCUAGCAAUCUGGAAAAAAAAAGCCAAAUGCCCAUUUACAAUUAAAUCUCUAAGGUCAUAUAGCAGCACUUCAAUGAAGACUACAUUUGCCUCAAGAGAAUCAUAUUCUAAUUGUUGGAGGUGUUAG